AUGGACAUGAAAGCUGGGAAAGGGCUGAGCGCUGAGGAGAGGGAUGAGAUGAAGGCGGAGCUACGGGAACGGUUUCAGCCUGCCGCCAGGAGUGUCCCUGUUUCUAUCUCCGGUCUGACCGCACUAGCCAACCAGCGCAUUGAAGAUGCCAUCUCGAGGGGUCAGUUCAGAGACUUGCCUCGGGGGAAAGAGAUGGUACGAGAUGCGAGAAGUGACAAUCCUUUCAUUGAUACAACAGAGUAUAUCAUGAACAGGAUGAUUCAACGACAGGAGAUUGUUCCGCCGUGGAUUGAAAAGCAGCAGGAGUUAACAAAAGCUGCGAGGGUAUUUCGAGAGCGACUGCGGAAUGAUUGGAAGAGGCAUGCUUCUAAGAUGAUUGCCUCAAAAGGGGGAACACUUGAGGAGCAAAUGAAACGAGCAGCAGCAUUCGCGGACGCGGAGCUGGCGUGCAAUCCACGAUACAGGAGCGCGGAUCAAGUUGCCGUAUCUUUGAAUGCCACGCACAAGCCCGCCAUGAGAGAUACUGCGUCAACAGCAGCGCAUGUCGGUGCAGAUUCCACCCCAACGGAGGCAUCGGACAAUGUAGGUUCAGUCAACAUGGUUCAAAGGCCAUUCCGUGACUCAGCUUGGGAGCAGUCGGAAAAGGCCUACAUGAACUUGUCGAUUCAGAACCUGAACAAGAUCACAAGGAGCUACAAUCUCAUGGCACCGGAGCUGGCUAAAAAGCCGUAUUUUUCGUUGGAGGGGGAGUUGAGCUCAUGCUACGCAGACGUCGCGCCACUCGUCGCCAAUGAGAUCAAAGUUCGGACAGCGGGACACAAAGCAGCCGGCAAGGCAACACCUGACGGGGCGAGUUCCGGUUCAAGGCUGAUAGACGUGUUUAUUGGAAGUGACAACGUGAAGAUUCAUCUCGAGGGAAAUGAGAAGGCGUAUGGCUUGAAAGAGUGGUGGAGAGACUUUUGGCGAAAGGAAUAA